AUCCGAGGUGUGGGGGGCAAUGAGGAGAAGGGGAGGGGCGAUGGGGCCUCGAAGGAAGAACAGAAAAAGGCGAGAGAGGUGGGGGGAGGUGAGGGGGUGCAGAAGGAAGUGGAGGAGGUGGAAAGGUUGGUGGAUGGAGUGGAGGUUGACGAGGGGAUUACCGGGCCUGUGCAGGACAAUGACAGGAGGGAGAGAUCUGUGGGGAAACAGGUUGAAAAGGGAAGGCAGCAAGAACGGGGUGAGAAUGGUGGUGGAGGUCCUGUGGAGCGAAGGGGAAAACAGGUGGAGUGUUGGCUCAUAGUCCCCUAUGAAAAGAGACAGGUGCCCGGAGAAGGAGUCGACAAGGGAAUGAUGUUAGCCCCGGAGGGGUCGAAGGGGCAACGGGGUGUUGGGGCAGGCGUGGGGAUACGGUAUAACUGGGAUGAAGAGCGGAUCAAGCUGCAGGCAAAACUGAGGUGUCGAGAAAGGUCCCGAUCCCCCAAGGAGGGUGGCCAWAAAAAAGUGGGAAGAUGGGUCUCACCCCAAAGACAGAGAAUGGAAGAGGAGUUCAGGGGUGAAGACGCAGGGGAUGAGGGGCAGUCGGCAGCCAUGGGAGGCAGCCAGCCAAUAGAGCUUGACACGGAAUUGGAGGACAUGACCAUAGAUGAAGGGGGGAACCCGGUGGAUGGGGAGGUGGAGGGAAUGGAUGAGGAUAUGGACAUCACUAUAACGGUACAGGGUUCGCUCACUGAGAUUCUGGCAGCAGGGGACUGUAAUGUGUGCCCGAUAGUGUUGUGGUGGGCAGAAGAUGGAAUUCGAGUGGUAACGAAGGGGAGCACGGAGCUCCUCACAUACGCGGCAAGAUCCCUCCCCAAGAAUCAGAAUAUUUCAAGGCAGGUGAGCCGGUGGGUGGGAUCAAACUACAGAGUUAGGGUGCUUCCCAGAGUUUCGGCGGGCAGAUUUUUCAGGCGGCUGCAGCAGGGCAAGGAAUACGGGUUGCUGGUCUUUUUCACAGCCAUCACUCCAAAGAGAGCGGCCCCCCUGACUCUGGCACACAAGGAGGCGACGUGGACGCGGUUCGACCAGGUCUUCGGCUCCCGUGCGAAGCCGGCGGACUUCAGAAUAGUAAACGAAUUUACGGCGGGGGUGCUGGUCAAGGUUAACUCAUUGCUGCCGGAACAGCAGCGAGUGGGAUCUGAAAAUUUCUUGAGGGCUAAGGUAUAUGGGCCGUCGGAUCCCAGGGAGCGGAGAGACUUCUGGGAGGACAUCAGGACGAAAAUCCCUGCAGUCAAUGGCCUUGUUUUUGCUGGGGAUUUCAAUACUACCAUCCAUCUGGGGCUGGACUCGAUCCAGGAACACCCACCCACGGCGGAUGCGACCGCCUUACAGUUGCUUAUGGCGGAGUUGGGCUGUGUGGACGUGUAUAGGUCAGCAUUCCCUACAGGGCGGGAGUAUACGUGGUUUGGGUCAGCAGACAGGCGGAGCCGUAUCGAUAUGGUGUGGGUCUCGCACACCAUCCACAGGAGUGGUGGUGAGAUCUCCUAUAUCCCAACUGCACUGUCGGACCAUGUGAAAAUAGUAGCAGCCCUCCCAGUCGGAAACAUUAUGGUAGGUCGCCCGCAGCCCUCCAUCCUGGCGUGGGUCUUUCAGGAUGCUGAGUAUAAGCCGCUGAUUCACCAGCACUGGGCGGCGUGGGCGCAAAUGCGCCCUCAGGGAACGAAUGAGUUGGAAUGGUUGAUGCAAGGCAAUGCCUUGCUGCGGAAAUGUCUGCAUGACAGGCUAGCAUGUAGCUAUAGAGCUCAUUUGGCCACAGGACAGGAGUACGUAGAGCGACUUAGUGCACUGAACAGUGGUCCAAAGGAUACUCAAUCGGAGGAGGAGUGGUGGGUGGAGAGGGCCGAGGCAGUAAGAGAAUGGCAGGAGUGGGUGACUGUGGAGGCCGCCCGGUGGGGGCGAAGAUCGAAGGUGGGAUGGACUGUGGUUGGGGAGAAGAUGUCAAGACGUUUCUUCAGAGAGCUGGGAAAAAGGCAGGGGAUAGCCCUAAUGACGGCAAUGGAUCAUCCUUUUGAUCAGCAGAGGCCACGGCAAGAGACAACGGCGGGGAUUAUGAACUGUGUCACGGACUUUUAUGCGGAGCUCUUCACUGAGGAAGAGGAGUGGACGGCGGAAGAAAUGGCCACAAUCCCUCAGGAGGAUAUCUGGAAACAUGUACCAGGAGGACUGGCCCCUGAGCAAGCUGGACCCCUCGAGAGGGACAUAACCUCAGAUGAGGUUUGCAAGGCGAUUGAUGAACUGCCAAGGUUAAAAGCGCCAGGUGUAGACGGAGUCCCGGUCGAAAUGUAUAAGGCGGCGCCGGACUUUUUUGUGCCAACUUUAACAAGGGCAUUCAAUGAGGCCUUGCAGCAGGAGCACGUCCCUGCAGGAUUUGCAGAUGCUUUCGUGGUACUGAUUUUCAAAAAAGAGUCAAGGGCGGAUGUUAGGARCCGGCGCCCGAGCUCAAUCCUAAAUGCGAAUUAUAAAUUGCUGGCCAAGAUCCUGGCGAACCGGCUGAACGAGGUGUUGUCGUGCAUCAUAAACCCCUUUGUGGCUGGCAGGCAGAUAGUCUCGAACAUUAUGUUGGCAAGGCAAGUUCUCAGAAAUGCAGAGAUCCACGGCCAGUCGUUGGCCUUUGUUACAAUCGAUCUUGAAAAGGCUUACRACCGGGUGCGGUGGGAGUUUCUGUUCCAAAGCCUCCUUCGGAGGGGUAUCGGGGAGAAGUUCUGUAAAUGGGUCAGAGUGCUGUUAGCCUCCGCUAGAACAUGUAUGGAGGUGAAUGGGGUAAAAUCAGGGUUCCUGCAACUGACCAGAUCAGUGCGACAAGGCUGUCCAUUAUCCCCUGCCCUGUAUGUCGUAUACAUUGAGGCCUUGCAUGAUCUCCUUCGGGGGGAUGAAGGUCUGCAGGGGUUGCAGCUGGAGCAGGACUUGGUCCUAAAGUCAACGGCUUUUGCAGAUGACACAGGUGCGGUCAUUCCUCCCACAAUACAGCAGCUGCGUCGUCUUCAAAUGGACCUGGCCUGCUUCGCGCAGUAUUCGGGAGCCAGAGUAAAAUGGCAGAAAUCGAAAGCUAUUCUCCCCCGAGACUGUAAUGCCCCGGAGGAGUGGGACAUCCCUACCCUGGGUGAUGGAGAGAACAUGUGUUUCUUGGGUGCUAUGAUACACCCGGUGGUGGGGGGAGCCCAGCAGAUGGAGGGUUUGGCGACCUCAGCGGUGCUGAGAAUGGGACGAUGGGCGAAGAGGGCGCAUCUAGGCGUAUUUGGAAAAGCCCUGGUGCUMAAAAACUCAGUACUAUCUAUGAUGUGGUACRCUGGUGCCAUCCACAUGCCAAAGAAGCGGGUGUUCAGACAGCUGCGGACUGCAAUACACAGGUACCUGUGGGCGGGGGACGUAGAGGCGGAGUCAUCGAUCCCCAGAGUGGCGUGGCCGAAGUUAAUUCAGCCCAGGGGGCAGGGGGGGCUGGGUCUCUUGGACCCGGAGCUGCAGAUGACAGCGCUGCAGCUGCGUAACCUGCUCUGGGUACUGCUGGGAACGGUUGGAACUGCUUGGGAGCAUCUCACGAAUCACCAUCUGGCCUACGCCCUCGGCAUGCCUGAGGAGACCGUCCUGGUAGCCUUGGCUAGUCCGGGGCUCAUUACUCAUGUGAAGAGGGACCAAGUGUGGUCCACCCCGCUUGGGCUGUGGAAAAAGAUUCGCCUGAUGCAGAAACUGCCGGUGACUGCAGAUGAUGUAUAUAACCAGCUCCUAUUUGACAACCCCUGUAUACGUGAUGACGAAGGGGAUCCCUUCCCAUGGCAGGGAAAACAGGGGGCUUUUGGGAGGUGCUGGGCGGAAUGUGGGGUUUUCAAGGUAGGUCACCUUUGGGAUGAGCGGGCAAGGGAUUGGAGGAGUGAGGAGGAGAUGGCCAGGCUGCUCCCCCACAAGUUCCGGAGGAGGCAGCGAUUGGAGGCCCUCAGGGUAGCAAUCCCUACACAAUGGGUUGACACCCUGAGAACGGACGAGUGGGCGGCGGGGGAGUGGGUAAGACUAAAGGGAGAUAAACACCCACUGCGAGUAUAUCAGAUUCUGCAAAUACUGGGUGAGGAGGUGGAGACUCGAGAGUGGGUCGUUGCUACGGGAUAUGAUGGCUUGGGAACCCCCAUGAGGGUUGGGCCCACUGUGAGGAGAGGACGGAAAAGGGGGGAGGUGGAAACUGUGGCGGUAUGCGAGGAGAAGGGAAAAGGGGGGGUGAUGGGCAAUGUCAGGCCCUACCGGAUUAAGUGCGCAAGAAGGGAAUUGAUCAUCGACCCGGAAGAGUGGUACUGGCCGAAACAGAAUUAUAAUACAAAAAAGGUGCAGCUCCACCAAGUGACCACUAAAAUCAUGUACCGCUCCCUCCUCCCUCAGAUUGAUGUGCGUGAGGAACUGGUGGAUCGAUGGAGUAAGCGCGGGUGGCUACCGGCUGUAUACCUGCUCAGAUGGCGGCAAAAGGAGUGGAGAGAGCAGUGCGCCCUGCUGAAAGCUCUGUCAAAUCAGAAGCAGGCUGGCCUGCUGUGGCUUAUUUACCACUUGGCCGUCCCUACGGCCCAAUGGCAGGCUAGCAAAAGCAAUUAUCGGGACGAGCGCUGUGGGGCGGGAUGUGACCAGGUGGAGACCAUCCCUCAUCUCUUCGUUAAAUGCCCGAUCGUCCAGCAGUUUUGGAGGUGGUGGGAGGCAGAGAUGGGAGACAAUACUCCGUUUCGCGUUUCAGAAGAGGAUGAUGCAGAGAUACUGCUGGGAUCUCUGGUCAAGGUGGAAAGGAUGAAAAAGACGGAGCUAUAUGCCUCAGAGGUGAUACGGGCGGCGGUACUCUGGACCAUAUGGGCCCUCAGGAAUGAGCGGUGUAGGCAGGGGAAAGAGAUUACUUUUCAAUCGUUACGGGCUAGAGUCCUGGAGAGCMUGAGAAUGGCGAUGUCUGCAGAAGCUUUGCGAAGCAGGAGAGCCACAGACCACGGGUUGACGAAGUUUUGGGAUGUGUGGGGUUGUUAUGCAGGCCUGGUGCAACAAGACGGGAAUGUGGGACUAUGGAAGUAUGGCCCGACACUGUGCAAUAGGGCAGGUGAUUAGAGUAGUAUUGCGCAAGGACCACUGUGGUGCUUGUACCAUAUAAGGGUGGGCCAGUGCGAAGUGUGGGGGGGGGAGGG